GCGCGCGCGGCGGCGGCCGGGGUGGCCCGGGUUGGCGGACGGGGCGAGCCGUGCUCUGCAGCCCCGGCGGAGCGAGCGGACGGCGGGCGCGACCCCACGGCUCGGGCCGGGCCCAGUCGGGCUCGCCGCGGUGCAGGGAGGGCGCCUCCCCGAGUCCCUCCCGGCGCCCACGUGGUGGGGAGGAUGGAGGCUUGAGAACCCCGGCAGCCGAGCUGGGGCGGUUUCCAGGACGGUGCGUCCUGUCCGGGCUGAGGUGGAGCAGUUUCUCCCUGGACUGGUGACAUCCCAGCCUCAGUUUCCUCGUGGCGAAGCUGCUCGUGGGUGGCGGCACACGGCGUUAGACCCAACAUGAGUGACAUUUCCUGCAAAAAACGGGAUGACUAUUUGGAGUGGCCUGAGUAUUUCAUGGCGGUGGCCUUCUUGUCGGCCCAGAGAAGCAAGGAUCCAAGUUCCCAGGUUGGAGCCUGCAUUGUGAACACAGAAAACAAGAUUGUUGGGAUCGGGUACAAUGGAAUGCCGAAUGGCUGUAGUGAUGACCUGUUGCCUUGGAGGAGAACGGCAGAAAAGAAGCUGGAUACGAAGUAUCCUUAUGUGUGCCAUGCGGAACUGAACGCCAUCAUGAACAAGAACUCGGCUGACGUGAAGGGCUGCAGUAUGUACGUCGCCCUGUUCCCGUGUAAUGAAUGUGCUAAGCUCAUCAUCCAGGCAGGUAUAAAAGAAGUCAUUUUUAUGUCGGAUAAAUACCAUGACAGUGAAGAGACCACGGCCGCCAGGCUCAUGUUCAAACUGGCUGGGGUUACGUUCAGAAAAUUCACACCAAAGUACAGCAAGAUUGUCAUCGACUUUGACUCCAUCAAUAGCCAACCGAGUCAGAAGCCCCAGUGAGGCCCAUCUUGUUAACUCCCCAGAUGAGAUCCCCACCCCCACCCCCAAGAAGCCGCUGGUGCCUUUUGUCUUGAAGCCACUCGCAGCUGUUUAAUAGCCAGCCUAGCACACGUACCUAGCUAAGGUCUGUAAAACUCCGCACCUUCUCUGCCGUUCCUGCCACCUCAUGAUCUACAUCGGUUUAAGCUAUUGAUUUGGUUUGACUUGGAAACCGAGGGCCUGCCCGUGGGAGCUGGGGUGAAAGGUCUCUCCACCUUCCGCAGAGCUUGUGUGCCCACGGUGAGGGCAGCUCCACAGAAGAAUGUCAGCCCUCUGUCAUCCACCGAAUCCCGACAGCCGCUCCUCACUGCUUCGUGGGCUGGAAGGACAUACGAAUAAUUGCUUCUUGAGUUUUUAGCAGUGAGCAGACACACUGAUGGGAAAAUCUGGCCCAAAUGAAGCAUACCCUUGGAAAAACAAAUAGGACCAAAACGAUGGUGGUGCUGACAGAUUGGCCGCAGACGACUUGUGGGGGGAAGGCUGAGGGUGCCAUUUGUCCUGGCAGGAGAUCAGCACAACGGAACCAGGACCAUCCCCUCGGUUCCCACUCCGCUCCCACGCACAGCAGUGGCUUUCCGUCCCUGUGGAGGGAAGGGACCCCUGUGGUUCCAGCUUCUUAUCCUUGGUUUGUUGGUCACACGGCACCGUUAAAUCUACCCAAGUAAUAAGUGGAUCCUAGAGGACGCGGCUCAUCACUCCCGGUAGACCGCGCCCCGUGUGGUGACAGCUGGGGCUGUACGUAUGGAUGACGAGCGGCAUCCCGGAACCCCGUUCCUCCUGCUGUGCGGAAACAUGCCGCCCCUGCUCCACGUGCCAACACGGUUCAUUUCCAAGGGCACCCGGCAACCAGAGAGUACAUUCAUUCCUGUCCUGUAAGAGAUUCGUGGGAAAUCCUGCCUGCCUGGAGGCGGCAGUUGCACCUCGUUUGUGCCUUCACCCGCACAGGCAGCAUCUUCUGAUGGUGUAGUUGGGGAACACUUCGCUGUGUACUCUGCUUUUAACUUCACUUAACCUCUGUUAGACACAUUCAGUGCCUUUGAUAAAAUGUUUUCUUUAUCCGAGAUUAUUACCUUUUUUGGGGUGCUCUUUUUUUUUUCUCUCAUGGUUUUCUAGUUCAUCUCUUGAGAUUUUUUUUUUUAACUCUAUUCCUGAACAUUUUUGUAAUUUGGCUCUUUCCCAAUAUUAUUAA